UAGUCCCUAAAGUUUGUUUUGUUCUUUCGUUUUCCCUUUUAAGAGAUUUUUAUUCGUUUCUUGAUUUUCAUAAUAAAAAAAUUCACGUGCUCCUUGGGCUCACUUCGCAUGUUUGGGGCUAACGUGCUAAGCUUGACACGUGGGAUUGAUUUCAUAAAAUUCCGCUGAUGUGUGAAAUGGCGUGUCACUGCAUUUCACCAUUGAUUAUUUUAAGAGUUGCCAAAUAACGUAUCUCAGCUAUCAAAAGCGUAGUUCGUGUUUGUUUAUUCCGCCAACGACAGAAUUUGACAGUGAGAGAGGAUGGUUAGGAUGAUAGAAGGUGGUCGCAUCCGGCUUAACCGGUGGCAGCAGGCAGCUGUUGCAGUGGGUUCGGCAGUUGGUGCAUUGUUAAACCCGCGAAGAGCGGAUCUGAUAGCAGCCCUUGGGGAGACUACUGGAAAGCCUGCUUUUGAAAGAGUUCUUGAAAGGAUGAAGAGGAGCCCAGAAGGCAGAGCAGUUUUGUUGGAGCGACCACGAGUGAUAUCUGCCGAAGUGGGGCAUGUAAGGGACCUACCACCAAACACAUUUGGUGCUGCCUAUUCAAACUUCAUGGCAUCUAGGAAUUUUUCUCCAGAUGACAGACCACUAGUGCGGUUCAUGGACACAGACGAACUGGCAUAUGUGGCCAUGCGGGCUCGGGAGGUGCAUGACUUCUGGCACACCCUUUUUGGUCUGCCCACCAACUUAAUUGGCGAGUCAGCACUCAAGGUGAUUGAGUUUGAGCAAAUGCACCUUCCCAUGUGCCUGCUUUCUGUUUUAGGGGGCACCGCAAGAUUCAGUGAAAGGCAAAGGAAUUUGUUCUUUCAGCACUACUUCCCAUGGGCCAUCCGGGCUGGCAUGCAGAGCACAGAUCUCAUGUGUCUAUACUAUGAACGGAACUUUCAUGAGGAUUUGGAGGAUGUUCGGAGGAAAUGGGGGAUAGUUCCUGCUCCUGUUCCUCCUAAAUAAAAUGUUACCUGAGCACAGAGGCGGAACGAGAAUUUGAAGUGGGGGAAUGUUACCGGAGCAAAGGGCAGUUCCGAGCAGCAGUGGCUACACAUAACAGACACCAUGCUGGAUUUUUUAAGUUUUGUUGUUGUAGUACUUGAGAACUUGUAGACACAAAAAGUUGUAGAAAAUCACAUCAAGCAAUGAACAUUGUGCGUCUUUGAUGAGUGAGACAGAUCCUGACAAGAUGUAUAACAAAACAGUGUAAUUUUAUGCGGAAGUCAUGCAAAUGCACCAUUUUUAAA